AUGGAGGACUUGAGCGGCAUGCGUCACCACCUGAUGUGCCCCAUCUCGCUGCAGCCCAUGCAGGACCCCGUCACGGCGCCCACCGGCAUCACCUACGACCGCCGCGCCAUCGAGCGCUGGCUCGCCGCCGGCCACGCCACCUGCCCAGUCACCGGCCAGCCGCUCGCCCUCGCCGACCUCACCCCGAACCACACGCUCCGGAGGCUCAUCCAGUCCUGGCGCUCGCCUUCCUCCACCUCCACGCCGCCUGAGGAGGCGGCAGCAGCGGCCGCCGCUGCCGCCGCCGCCGUCAAGAAGCUGCUGUGCACCGCUGCUGCUUCCCCGCCCGUCGACGUGCUCCGCGAGGCCGCGGAGGUUGCGGCCGAGAGCGACGCAGCGCGGCGGCACAUGGUGGACGCCGGUGUGCUACAGCGCGUGCUCCGCGUCAUCGUGUCGAGCGCCAGCGCGGUCAUCAAGAGCGCCGAUCCCGGACACUACAGGAGGAGCAGCUUAGAGACCACGCACGCCAUUGAGGCCGGACUUGAUCUCGUCCGCGCGCUCGCCGUCUCUGGCGACGAGCUCCGGCCGCUGGUCGUCGCCGAUACCCACGUGCACGACCUCCUCGACGCGCUGACGGACGUGCUGGUGGCCCUCGAGCCCGCCGUCGGCACCGGCACCGGCGGCGACACCGACACGGCGAGGGCGAGCGCGGUCCGGCUGCUGGACUCCGUGACGAAGGCGGCCGGCUCCGCGGUGCUGGAGCGGCUGCGUCCGGCGCUCUUCCGCGCCGUCACGGCGGUGGUGCGCGACAGGGUGUCCCCCGGCGCGACGCGGUCCGCGCUGCGGGUGCUCCUGCACGCGUGCCCGCUGGGUCGGAACCGCGCGCUCGUCGUGGACGCCGGCGCCGCGCACGAGGCCAUCGAGCUGGAGCUCGACGCGCCGCCGUCCUCGUCCUCGCCCGCGCCCGCGCCCGCGAGCGCGGGCGGCUGCGGCAGGAGGGUGACGGAGCUGGCCAUGGCGCUGCUGGCGGAGCUGUGCGCGUGCGCGGACGGGCGCGCGGCCGUGGCGGCGCACCCGGCGGGCGUCGCCGUGGUGGCGCGGCGGCUGCUGCGCGUGUCCGCGGCCGCCGACGCCUGCGCCGUGCGCGUGCUCGCGGCCGUGGGCGGCCGGGCGGCCUCCCCCGAGGUGCUGCGGGAGAUGGCGCGCGUCGGCGCCGUCGGGAAGCUCUGCUGCGUGCUGCAGGCCGACUGCGACGCCACCGUCAAGGAGGCCGCCCGUGCCGUGCUCAGGCUGCACUCCGGCGUCUGGAGCCGGUCGCCCUGCGUCAGCGCAUACCUGCUCUCCAGGUACCUCUAG